CCGGGCUGCGGGGCCGAGGGCAGCUCUCCAAGCACCUGUGUGGUUUGGGGGGGGGGGGAUGCCGCUCCCCGCCGCUCCCCUCGGGGUGUGCCAAGCAGCUCCCUGCCGGCAGCCCACCCGGAACCCGUGGAGGAGGCACGGGGGAGAGCUGGAGAUGCCGCCAAAUGCUGAACAGAUCUGGACAAUGAGGCGAUUCCCUUCCUGCUCGGAGACUUGGCACCUCUGGGUCAGCACGGAGAUGACAUUCAUAUAGCUGUAGAAGGCUUUAUCAGCUCUUGCAGAGACUUUCCCCUGCACACACCACUCGAGGCUGGAGCUGUAGUGGAGGAAAAUGGAGCCUGUAGAUCUCCUGGCAUUUGCCUCUAUAGAAAUGAAUAGUACAGCGGUCACCCUGGCUUUGCUGGCUGUCUUCCUGGUCCUGCUGUAUUGGUACUCCAUGUCUGCAUUCUCCCGACUAAGCAAAGUAGGGAUCCGACAUCCUCCACCUCUUCCUUUCAUUGGAAACCUGCUCUUUUUCCGUGAGGGCUUUUGGGAAAACCACACCAAACUCAUAACCGAGUACGGACCUGUUUGUGGGUAUUACAUUGGUCGCCAGAUGUUUGUGGUGAUCUCCACACCAGAGAUGAUCAAGCAAAUCUUAGUGACAGACUUCAGUAACUUCACCAACAGAACUAAGCCGAACUUGAUUUCCAAGCCAAUGCUUGACAGCAUCCUUUGUCUUCGUGAUGACAGAUGGAAGUAUGUCCGGAGCCUCCUGACCCCAGCCUUCAGCGAUACCAAACUGAAAGAGAUGACACCGCUAAUAAACCAGGCCUGUGAUGUCCUGCUGUGUAACUUGAAAGUCUAUGCAGAUUCUGGCAAAGCUUUUGAUAUCCAGAGGUGUUACAACUGCUUUACCUUGGAUGUCGUUGGCAGUGUAGCUUUUGGUACUGAAGUGGAUUCUCAGAAGAAUCCCGAUGACCCCUUUGUUAAGAAUUGCAGAACAUUCUUUGAAAUGUCUUUGUUUAAGCCUCUCCUCAUUCUGAUCCUUUCUUUCCCAUUCAUAAUGAUCCCAUUGCUCCGGAUUUUGCCAAACAAGAAACAGGAACUGAAUGGAUUUUUUAUCCAAACCAUAAAAAAUGCAAUUGUCUUCAGAGACCAGCAAGAUGCAGCUGAGAGGCGCAGAGAUUUCCUUCAGUGGAUGCUGGACUCCCGCGGCUCGGCUGCCUGCCCGGCAGCCGGGUGUUGUGGUGUGAUCGGUCCAUCGGCCGCCUCCCGGCAGGGCGCGGCGCCCCUCGCUGGCACGGCCCCACCCGGGAGGGUGCAGAAGACGUUAACAGAGGAUGAGAUAGCAGGCCAGGCUUUCCUGUUCCUGAUCGCUGGCUAUGAGACCACAACUAGCACGCUCUCCUUUGCCACGUACCUGCUAGCCACCAACCCAGAGUGCCAGGAGAAGGUGAUUCGGGAGGUUGAUGACUUCUCAGCAAGACACAUGGUCCCUGAUUACCAAAAUGUACAAGAACUCCCUUAUCUGGACAUGGUGAUUGCAGAGACAUUGCGCAUGUACCCACCUGCAUUUAGGUUCACUCGGGAAGCAGCUGAAGACUGCGUGGUGCUGGGGCAGCGUAUUCCAGCUGGGGCCGUCAUUGAAACCGCCGUUGGGCAUCUCCACCGCAGCCCUGAGCUCUGGCCAGAGCCUGAGAAGUUCAUUCCUGAGAGGUUUACAGAGGAGGCCAAGAAGGAACGACAUCCCUUUGCAUACCUGCCUUUUGGGGCAGGACCCCGUGGCUGCAUUGGCAUGAAAAUGGGUUUACUGGAAACAAAGAUGACUCUGCUGAGGAUUUUGCAGAAGUUUCAGUUUAAGACCUGCCCAGAGACUGAGAUUCCUUUGCAGCUGAAAUCAAAAGCCACACUUGGACCAAAAAAUGGAGUCUACAUUAUGCUAGAAUCUCGCUAAAAUAAAAUGUGCAUCGUGAGGCCUCCAGGGAUGGGACCCGUUGUUCACUGGCUCACUGGGUAUAAUUAUUUUUCAAAACCCCAAGACAGGUAGGAGCCUCGGUUCCACUGAUGGUCAGUAGGUGCUGCCUCACUGCCCUUCUGUGGGAGAGCCUCCAGUCACUUUUUCAAACGAGAUACGGUAUCCACGGUCUUUUUGGUGGUUUUCAAAUUGCUGUGAAUAGUAGCUGUAAAGAAGCAUCCCACUUCCACUUGCUUUUCGACAUUACACUUCCUUUCACUCAUCUUUGAGAAUGCUUUCUUCAUGCGCAAGUUUAAUAAAUGCAGCAGGUGUUAAGUGUACACUCUAUUUACAAUAGAUUUUAAUUACAAUUCAUUAUCUCACACGUCCUUCUCACGCACUUGUAAGUCCCUACCCUAAAAAAAGCCCAGGAGGCACCACAGUUGUAGCAGAAGACCUAGGAUCCAGCUCAUUGGAUUUUAUCACGAACUCUGCUAAAAAUCAAAGCCAAGUCUCCUGCACAACACUUAAUCUCUCCCUGUGUCUAUACGGGGAAAGAGUUGCACAGCCUUCAUGCUUUUGAACUGAUUUGAAACACGCUUAGAUCAACAAUUUGCUCUUGGCACAUCGCAUCGACACAGCAGAGGAGGAAUGAAGAGUUCCCCUGCUUACCAGUUAAGUUCUGGUAGCUAAGGCCAGAGAAAUGAGGUGACAGCCAUUUUGCUGGCUACUGAACUGCUGUUGGAAAGGUGGAGAAAAAGAAGAUACGAAUUUGAAUGUGGGAAGACUGGAGGAAAUUUACGGGUAGUCAGAAGGUGUUGGUACAACUUCUGCUUCACACUGAGACCUUUCCUUUCCAAGCACUGUAGUUCACACCAUCCUCGUUUAGGUCAUUGACUCAAGGAAAUUAAGAGUGCUGCAUGCACUAAUGCUAAUGGCAAGGGAGUGGGAUCCAGGAUCAUCAGUCCCAGCAGCUCUUGAUUCCUUAUGUGACCCUGGAGCAGCCCCGGAACGUGUCUGGUUGCCGGCUGCAGCAGCACCGUGGAUCUGUUGAAGCUGUACCACUGUGCACAUGCAUCCUCACAGCCAAAGCAGGGGUGUGCUUCCACUCUUCACAUUCCCUCCAGGUUCUUUCCUGCACCUUUGCAAAGCCCUUCAGUCACCACACAGCUAGUGGAGCAUCACACAGCAGUGAUCACUUGACCAGAUAAAAAAAAUUUUUCCUUCAGUGGGCACCACAAACUGGUUGGCUAUACACCAAAACCACGAGAGGAGAUGGGCUUAGUCUCAAGGUCCUUUUCUUUUUUUAAAAAAAAAAAAACAAACAAACAAACAAAAAAGUAUGUUAAAAAUAGCAUAAAUUCUUAUGGCACCAUAAAAAUAGGGAAUCACCUUUUGGUUCUUUGCAAGUGUUAACCUUCUGCCUGCUGACAUACUCUGCUCGAGGUUUCCUUAGGUACAGCAUCUCUCCUGGUGGUGUGCACAGAGACGUGUCAUGGUAGCAGAAGAGACUGACUGCUCAGCUUCACUGCAAGGGUUGCUGGAAGGAGCCAUCUGCUCACUGAUCCCUAGCUCGUUCCCUAGUUUCUCUCCAACAAGCACCUUUUGCUGCCUUCUUCCCUCACGCUGCCUUAAUGCUGAUCAGAUUAUUGGAUCUUGCUCCUGGAAGAUUUUCUCUCUUUCACGGGAUUUUUUAUUUUUUUUUUUAAACCAGAACUGUACAGGUAGUAGUGGUGAAGUACUGACCUGUCAGUCUUGGAAUUCAUUAAAAAAAACCCAAAUCUACCCCAAAAAAAAACCCCAAAAGUGGUGUUUUUGUAGUUGCAACACCAAACCAUAACUUUAUGUCCUUAACCUAUGGUGACUAUCAGCAUUUCUAGUACCGCAUGCUUCAGUCAACAGCAGUUGAGUCUAGGGAGGAACAUGGAAGCUGAUUUAAAAUAAUUUCUCUCCUCCGAAACAGUAAGUGUGUUGUCUUGCAUUGCUGAGCUGUGAGUUUGUUUAAAAUUUGGCAUGUCUGUUUUACAGAAAGGUCUUAGUCAUUCUCUGACAGCUGAUAGGAAGCAAAGGCUGCUUGGGAAAGGAAAGCUUCUAUUAAAAACAUCUUCUGGGACUUUGCAAUGAUUACGGAAUGCUGACCGUAUAACAUGGUAUUUUUAAUGAGCAUGCUGAUACAGAAAACCUUUACAGUUUUGUACUUUACAAAUAGUAUUCCUAGAAAAAUGGAGCUGGGUGUUGGGAAUUAUUAUGCUUCAUUGAUUGCAAAUCUGAACUAUCUAUUCUUACCUGGUAUUAAACUGCAGAAUUACUUCUU